AUGGACCAGAUACUUGCCCAAGCCUCCGACACAUCCGAGCUCGACCUCCUCCUCGAUCUCAUGCGUCGGUUGCCCCCGGAAAAGAUCGACAGCAACUUGCAGAGCCUCUUGUUCGUCCUGCCCGAGUACACCGACGACUUGCUCACCUCGAUCGAUCUCCCACUCAAAAUCCAGGUCGACCCUUCCUCCGGUAGAGAGUUCUUGAAUUGCGACUAUAACAGAGACCAAGAUUCAUACCGGAGCCCUUGGUCCAACGAAUACGAUCCACCUUUGGCAGAUGGAACCUCCCCUGGACCAAAGCUAAGGAAAUUAGAGAUACUCCUCAAUGAUGGGUUUGAUGUCUACCGAGAAAUGUAUUACGAGGGAGGAGUUUCUUCGGUUUAUCUGUGGGAUCUCGAUGAGGAUUUUGCAGGGGUAGUAUUACUGAAGAAGACUAUCCAACCAAGCGACAACCUCAGUGGAACUUGGGAUUCUAUCCAUGUCUUUGAAACCACCGAGCGUGGACGGAAUGCUCAUUACAAACUGACAUCGACUGUCAUGCUGCAUCUUGUUCAAUCUCACCCAAUACUUGGCAAGAUCAGUUUGGCUGGUAGUAUGACUCGCCAAUCCGAGCAAACGUAUCCGCUAGUGACACCAUCCACAUCAUCGACACUCUCGCCGACGCAUCUCCCAAAUAUCGGGAGAUUGAUCGAAGAGAUGGAGUUGAAGAUGAGGAACCUCUUGAAGGAGGUCUACUUCAGCAAGACCAGGGACGUCGUUAAUGAUCUCAGAUCGGUCAAUAAUCUGGGAGAGUUGAGGCAGAGAUUGGGCGUCCAAAAGGAGCUCGUCGGCUUACUCAAAGUCAAGGGUCAAUCAAUCGUCCCCAAGGAAUCUUGA